UACCUUUCUUCCAACGACUACGAUCAAGAUGACCGACUACAAUUACCGCACAACCGACGACACUGGCACCUAUGACACCACCGGAGCAGCUCGCUACGGUACCACGGGCUACGGCACCACUGGAUACGGCACUACAGGGUAUGGAACUACAGGGUAUGGCACGACUACAGGGACGACCGCGGAUACCACGGGCACCACCUACGGCACCACCUACGACACCGGCUACGGGACUACCGCGUACGACCCCAGCACUGGCGCGUACGACCAGCAUCUAGACUACCGCACCGACGGUUCGAACCGUCACCACCGCGAACGAGUCGACUCGGACGGAACAUACAGACACCGUGAUGUUGAUCGGAGAGACGACGGCUCUCGGCGUGUCCACCGAGAGUACGACAACCCGAACACCGGGACGAGCUAUCACCGUGACUAUGAGAGGUAGAUGGGGAUGGGAUGAGGUGAUAUGGAUGUUGAUCCAGGCUCAAUGCAUAUGAUAUGGAACGAGGUUAUGACAACAAAACAGAGAGAAAAAUGGAUUGGGUAUCAGGAAGGCAUAGAGAGAGACGGUUCAAGUCCCAUCCAGAAAAAAAGGUGAAAAUUGAAGUAAAAGAAUCAAAAAAAGGAGAGAGAAAAGUGUUUGCUGUAUAUGUUUUGAUGCUUCUUGUCGUGUUAUUUAGCGCUUGUAUAUAGAG